AUGGCCGCAGUCUGUCCAGUCGUUGGCACGACCAACAAUGUGCUCCCGCCUCAUCACCCAUCCAUCUCUUCUGGUAAUGUUGUCCCAAUAAUCAAUCACACACAAGAGCCCUCCAGCUCCUCUCUCCUCACCUGCUAACCCCUCCCCGCAGACCCCGAAGCCCGCUGCCCCAUCACCAACGCCAAAGUCUCGCACCACGACAACGUGAUCCACAACCACCCCUCGGACCCCACCGUCCCAGCAGACGACAAGCAAGCCAUGGACGCCUCCGCCUGCCCUGCUCUCAAGAAUUCCAUGACCAAGGAAACUCUCACAGAUGCUACGUGCCCCGUCGUGGGGCCGGUGAAUGCCCACCUGCCGCCCACGCACCCGGCGCUGAAUGAGAAGGAGGCCGGGGCGGUUUGUCCGGUCACGAAUGCGAAGUUGGAGCAUCAUAAGGGGAAGGUGCAGACGCAUCCUGCCGUGCCUAGCGAUGCGCCGGUGCAGAAGUGUCCUGUUGCCGGGGCGGGGAUGUAA